GACUUAUGACUCCUCACUCUCCACUCUCGCACUUUGCCCUUUGCCCUUUUCCCCCCAAUUCGCCCUCCCAACUCCCGCUAAAUUACCCACCCGCCCAGAUCGCCCUCCUACUCGUAGGGCUAGUCCGCCUCCACCGGCGGCCAAAUUCCCGCCAUGAACGCCGCAACCACGACGUUUCCCUCCAUUCUCGAGAAGCCCCUCAACCAGCUCACCGAGGAUGACAUUUCCCAGCUCACCCGCGAAGACUGCCGCAAGUACCUCAAAGAAAAAGGAAUGCGGCGGCCCUCUUGGAACAAAUCGCAGGCGAUCCAGCAGGUUAUUUCCCUCAAGGCGCUGCUGGAGCCCAACGAAGAUUCCGGCGCCGGAGCUCUCAGAAAGAUUGUCGUUUCGGCUCAGACGACCACCGCCACCACCCAGCGUGCCGCUUCGAAUUCCGCUGAUUCAGCUAAGGAAGCGAGCGCCGAUGUCCAGGCUUCGGUGUCCGCAGACGAGCCAGCGACGCAUCCGAGAAAUGAACCGCCCAAAUCGGUUCCCGAGGAUCCGCCGGUCGAUGCGGAUACUGCGGCCGUCAGUCCCAGAAAUCAGUGUACAACUGAUGCAUUAGUUGGGCAAAUGACAAUUUUCUACAGUGGCAAGGUGAAUGUGUAUGAUGGAGUGCCAUCUGAUAAGGCACGGGCAAUCCUGCACUUUGCAGCUGGGCCCAACCAUCUGCUUCUGGACAAUCAAUUUGGUGGUGCUGCAGCAGAAAGGUCCUUACGGUGCCAAUAUCAGACUGCGGGCGAUAAAGAUGGUCCUUUCCCUCCUAGUGCAACAAUUUCUCAAUCAAUGCAAACAGUUUCAGUUAACUUUACAGGGAAGAUCGGCGAAUAUACACAGCAGUACUGGGAGAAAGGGAACAGCACUCGUGAUCCUGAAGUAUUUUGGUGGAGGGUUAAAGCCUUUACACUAGUAUCACAAGAUUCAAAUCACAACCAAUUUUGCUGUCACCUCAGGCCAAAGAAAAGAAACCGCGACUGCCAACUGUUUUGUUAUGCAGACGGUCAGGUGAGCAGACAAGUCUCGUUGCAGAGAUACCGUGAAAAGCGAAAAGACAGAGAAAGAUUAAAGAUAAAGAAAAAUAGUGGAGCGAAUUCUAGCUUGGAGGUUUACUUGAAUCAUCAACUCAGGACACAUACCUCAAAUGGUAAUUCAAGUCCGAGUGGCACAAGCUCUCCACCCCAACCUGGGCUGCUACAGACAGCUGAAAAUCAGCCAAAGAUCCGCUGUCUUCCUGUUGACCUAAAUGAGAAGGAUAUCCUGGAACGCUGAGCUUGACAAUUUCUAGUUCAUAAAGAGUUGGGAUAUGAUUGAGGACCCCUCACCUUAAAUUAGUGCCAUGACAAAGCUGAUGGGAUGUGUAAGCAGAAACUAAAUUAACCGGCUUCUAGUGACCUACGUUUUCGUAUGAUUGGGCUGCUCUGCGACCAUGAAGUUUUUCCAGACUUGUGCUUAUCAGGAGGAGGAUUCUCAGUUUGGACUGGUACGACUUUGAUCAGUUUUGUAAUUUGUAGGAUCGUAUUUUCAUCCUCGGGAAUUUGGUUCGUUGUCAAUGUUUUUAAGGGUCGAGAUGUAGAGCUGCAACCAGCAAUGUCCUCUUUAACUCCUUAUGUAUGUAAUUAUUGUACAAGUUGGAUAAGAUUCUCUCCUUCAACGUUUUGUAGUUAUGAAGAAGAGCUCUAUCUAAUUUACCGUCGCUUUUGUUUAUUA